AAAGCCCACAAACACCUUCUUCCUUAACCCCCCAAACUCACCGAACACAAAAAAACAACAACAAAAAAUGAACUUCUUAAAAUUCAAACCCUCAAUCCGUUCCUUAAAACCCAUCUUCAAAAUCAACCACUUCUCGUCCCACCUUCACGAUGCGGGUCCAAUGGCUUCUCUUCUUAAAACCCGAUCCGUUGUCCGGUUCCGGGGCCCCGACACCAUCAAAUUCUUACAAGGUUUAUUAACAAACGAUGUUCGCCGGUUCGGUGAACCGGCUGGUGAUGAGAAGUCGAGCUUGGUUACUCCUAAUGUGCCGGCUUCAUCGGCUCGGUCUGUUUAUGCGGCUAUGUUGACGCCCCAAGGGAGGUUUUUGUAUGAUUUGUUUUUGUAUGAGCCGCCCCGAGUUGAUGAGAGGCUUGAUGAGAGUGGGUCUGGGCCUGGACCCGACCCGGAUGAGGUGGUGUUGCUUGCUGAUGUUGAUUGUUCUGUGUUGGAUGAGCUGGUUGAGACCUUGAAAAAAUAUAGAUUAAGGUCAAAGGUUGAUAUCGAGAAUGUGGGGGAAGAGUUCUCCUGUUGGCAACGUUUUGGUGUUGAUCUCCACAAAAGACCACCAGCUUCAUCAUCUGCAGAAGACCCUGUAGCCAAUUCAGUAGGGUGGGGCGGUGCGAUUGACCCAACCGGCAGCUCAUCUUCACGAGGAAAUAACAUCGGCUGGCAAUGGCUUAAAGACCCCCGUUUGGAUUGCCUUGGGUUCCGAGGAAUCUUCCCGUCCAAUGUGACUCCACCGAUGGUUGAGGCGAAUACCGAAACCGAAGAAGAGAAUUAUCUUCUUUGGAGAUUAGAGAAGGGUGUUGCUGAAGGAUCUAUUGAGAUCCCCAAAGGUGAGGCAAUCCCGCUGGAGUACAAUCUUGCGGGUUUAAACGCGAUAAGCUUCGACAAAGGAUGUUACGUUGGCCAAGAACUAAUCGCUCGGUCCCAUCACCGCGGGGUUGUUCGCAAGCGAUUGCUUCCUCUCAGGUUCCUAAACGAAUCUGGAACAGAGGUGGAGAAGGUUGCUCCUGGUUCAGAAGUAAUAGCGUUGAAGUCCGGUAAGAAAGCCGGAACAGUCACCACUGCACUAGGGUCUCGUGGGCUCGGGCUACUCAGGCUCGAAGAAGCUUUUAAGGGGUCGGGAAAUUUGGUCAUCAAAGGUCAAGAAGACGUGAAGGUGGACGCUAUCCGGCCUGAAUGGUGGCCAACACAGUGGCUUUCCGAGCAUGAGCCGUACCAAGCUGCUGGUUAGUAUAAUUGUCGGGUAGUCCUACCGUUUUGUUGAAUGUUAACCUGUAAAAACUGUUUUAUUCCGAGUUUUAUUGUAUACUUUAGAUGCUAAAUAAAAGUCGACACAAAUAAAGUUAAUCAUCGCUUUUGUCAAUCGUGCCGGUUUGCUGGUUGACAGGUUGGAUAGGUGAACCCGAGCACGACUGACUUGUAUCUUUUUGAUGAAAAGAUUUAUACAAAUGAAAUUUUUGUU